CAACAUUGAAAGCGCUUCAAGCCGUCGACAUCGGCACAUGACAGGACAGUCGUACAAAUAGACAACAUUCCCACCAUACAGCUAUCAAGAGACAUAAUGUAUUGUUGGUCACCUAGCUCAACCGUGCAUCAAGCGGCGUUUAUCUCCCCGACUCCAUCAAAUCGUCCAUUCCAGUACGACCUUCUAAUGUCGCAACGUCAAUCGUGUUAUUUUCAAAAUCAGCCCAUGUUCUCUAGUCGCAUUCCUCGCGGCCAUGCAGCGACGAUGGAGUAUUCUCCGUGUGCAAAAGCGCCAUUAAAUUUGGGUCUUGGAACCAUAGCAUCUCCUUCGAGAUUGGACGAAUCUCUUGUAUACCAAGGUGAGUAACGCACUUUGCAUGUGGAUAGCCAAUACUACAAGUUAUUGCGCAUUCUAUUACUGUAUAAAUUGCGAAAUACUGGAUCAAUGAAGCACUGACAACCGUUCCUGGGUCUUUAGUUUUGGAAACAGUUUAGAACUGAUAGAGUUAACCAGUUUAUAAAUAAAUAAGUAUUCUUGUUGUAUUAUAAAAGAACAUUUAGAACUGUUUGCACUGAAAUGCCGCAGUUUCGCUGAAGCCUUGAAUUCGAGCAGUUGAAGAGCCCAGAGACAUAGCUAUAUAUCAAGCUUCCUUCGGUAUAAUAACGCAUUACGCAACUUGCCUUACAAUAUUUAACCCGAUAUAUUUCAUGAUACUAAUAAUACGAAUCAAGAUUCGAUGAGGCUCAAUAUAAUUAUGCCUCUGCCCCGUCGUUUACAUGUGAGAAGAGCCUCCAGACUCCAGUUUGAGAGUUUUAAUUUACCAACUAGGGAGGCAGCGUAGGUCGUCACCGCGGUUUUCCCCGAGAAUGACCCUUUCUUGAUCUCUGACUCUGAAACUGAUUCUUCCUAUCCAGCUAGUGAGUAGUGUAAAUAAAGUUAGUUUAGUUUAAGUUUCUCUUCGUUUUAACAUGUAUAUAGGUUUAAUCUGAGCAUCGAAACUCUUGUCUUCCAAAGUAUAGAGUAACGCAUUGCGUUUCUAUGAUACAUUAACCGACUUGUAGAUGUUUGAACUUUUCACAAGGUAUAUUUAUAUAAUAUACUCCAAUAUUAUAAAAUUAUACGUCGCAACUCAUGUUGCAUGUGUGCAAAAUCUUGGAAAUUUUGCGUCUUCUUCGACUGAAUUGAUGGUGUAUAAAACCCUGUGGAUAUAAAUGCAUAAUCUAUACAGAAGAAGAUGACAGUCUUUUUCAUUUUAUAAGAGUCUCGGACUGUAAGAAUAACCAAAGCCAGGCAUAUUUUUGCUGUGUGUAUGGAAAAUAUUUACAUGGAAUUAUGAAGAAUCAAGUAUAUAAAUAUCGCAAUGAAGUUUAUAGCCUACGGCAAUGUCAAAACUGUAAUUUACAAGGUAUAAGGCACUCGAACAUCCCUCUAAAGUCUAAUGCAAGAAACUACCAAAAUCACUUGCACUAUACAUUGUCUUUGUAAUCUAGGAAUGUAUACAUGUCUUAAGUCUAAAUUUGUUAGAAAAAAUAUAUCCAUCCUAUCUCCUGAGCACAAAAUUUCUUUUAAAACGAAAAGAACAAUUUUAUGACAAUUGUAUAAUUGUACAUUAAAUUUUAUCAGUACCGGCAUUAUUAGCUGUAAUUUGCAAAAGUCAACUUUUUUGGCGUCAGAGAAUUUGUCAAAGCUUUCUCGAACAUAGAAUAGUAGACUCAUGAAUGAUACCCCAAUUAUUCCGCUUUAUUCAAUGCCUUGCCCAAUGUCCUAAAAGCCCACUAUUAAAGCCUUCCGUUUCUUUCGCCAAGUCUUUUGUGCGCUAAGACCAAGUCCGAGUAAACAGGAACGAAUAGCCGUGUAACUACAGACAAUAAUCAUUUAACUUUUACUCUAGUAUAAGAUCUUGCAUGAGAGUAUGGCCAUGAUUGGCCAUUCUACACACUGUAAGUUUCAACGAGUGACAGUCAACUCCUUGAUGCUUGAAAUUUACAAACUUCAAGUAAGUCAUGCUGUACUUUACGCUGCAUAUAAAUUUGACACGACGCGCGCUGCACACCCUUUGCUAGAUAUAUUCAUAUAUAUAUAUUCUUAUUUUCUGACAAAUUUAGGCUAAAAAUGAAGAGCGUGCCAAGUGAAAUACAUAUAAAAUUUAUUUUUAAGGUUACAAAAGUGAAUGCUUUAAUAAUUGUUUAACGACUAUAGCAUCUGCCAUCGCGUGUAUUCGUGACUUUUUCAUUUAUCUGAGGUGUGAAGCCUAACGAGCAUAUUAAAUGUACUCAUGUUUUAAUUGUUAUGAAAUUGGAUAAUUUCUGUUUAGAGUAUUCGCAUUUGCGCGCAGGAGGUCUGCCCACACUGCCCAUGCCGGUUUUUAUACAAUUUGUCGUCCAGCCUUUUUCUACAGAUGUAAAUAGCUUAAGCGCCUCACAUAUAGAGUUAAAUAACUCUGUUGUUAUACGAUUUACUACGUGCUUGAUGCAGAAAACUGGCGAGUUUAUUUUUGCGUAAUUUCUAAACAACUUAAAACAGUAAUAUAUCAUGUUCUUAUCUGGCAAAAUAUCCGUAUGAGUUAAAGGAGUUUGUUUUGCGAUUAUUAUGUUUCGGAUGUGAUACAUAAAAAGGUCUUUUGUUCGACCAAAAACAAGUUGCCGGAUCCAUAUAUUAAACACACGCCUUCCCUUGCGGCGCAAAAAUGUAGAUUGUACAAAAUGAGAAAUGUCGUAUUUGCAUGCGUGGAAAGUUGGCACAAAGCUUGGCCUAAACGGGGCUGAAGACAAAACAUGACUGUUCCUGAGCUACGAACGUUAAUUCGUAUUUGCAUGGUAUUUCCCAAAGACUCAAAAAAUUGAAGCAGGCGUCUUUUGCGCAGACUGUAUACCUGACCUCAGAUUAAACUGAGACUCAAAGGUUUUCAAAACAGAUAGGAUUUUUAAAACAAGAUUUGAUUUAUUUUCAAUAUCGUAAAAUUAAAGUCACGAUCUUUCUCAACGGCCAGUUUAUAAUAGUUUAUACUUGUAAAUUCUAAAAUGCGGUUGUAUUUCGGCUGAUGAGAAAGAUUGUGACAUGACUCAAUCUUUACGACCGCCUUACGACUUUUAGAACUGGUUACAAAAUUCCAACAACAUUUGAAGUAAAGUCAAAUUGCCGAACACUGAGGAUUCAAGCAGAAUCUUAGGAGUUAGGGAGAAGAAAAUGAGAUUCAAAACUAGUAAAUCCUAUCUAAAUGAUCGUGCUGCUUAUGACAACUUUUGUGCAUGAAUAUAUGAAAAAAAGUUUUAUAAUAAUGGUAAAUUAUGCCAUCUUCAGUAGAAGAUUAAGCUAUAUAUACUAUCAUUAAGACCAUAUCACAUAUGGAAACCAGUUAUGAACGGACGUGCAACAAAACAGGGUGUCCCAAAAAACCCCAAAACUAUUGCAAUAAAGUAUUGUUAGAAUUUGAACGGCCCUAGCACUAAGCUUAGCGCAAAGAUGCGUAAAAUAUUGACAGGGUGCAUAUAUUAAAUAUUGACUUAUUAAGAAAUUAAAAUAUCUUUCGGUAAAGCGCACGAUUUUCUGCUCUUGGGAAUUUAAAGCAGCUUUUUAAAUACCAAAAGAGAAUAACUUGAUAAGAUUAUGAUAAAAUUACAAAUUAGUCAUAUUAUCAGUUCAGGAGAAAAUGGUUUAACUCACUCAGUGGGCAGUGGCGUAAUGGCGGGAGGGGAGGGGGGGUCCCUAAGCAUAUUUGGUGUGGGGGCCCCUGUUGACUGUUGUUAUUGUUUGACUGAGAUAUUAUAGUUGUAUUGAGUAUUUAUAGAAUGUUCUGGAAAAUUCCACGUCUAUAACAAUAACAAUAAUAGUCUCUUUUUUACGUUUUCUAAUUUUCUGGGCGAUAGGCCGUGGCUGAUGGGGGCCCCUAACUGUCGGGGGCCCCUUAGUUUUUUUUAACUAACCCUUAAGCGCGGCGCACACUGGAGCUAGCAGCUGAGCUGAGCGUCACUCGUGACUGUUGGCAUGAGCAAGUUCCCCCAGUGUGCGGUGGCGUUUUGAGCGAUUUCAGCCACGCGUGCCAUCGGCAACGAAUAUUCAACAUCGGGUUGAAUAAUUUCAGUCACGAAUGAACAUUUCCUGCGCGCUCGAAAAGCUAUCACCUUUCAUUGUAGAUCGAAUAGGCAUGCGAAAUUAGAGGAAAUGUUCAUUCGUGACUGAAAUUAUUCAACAUGUUGAAUCAGUUCGGUGACGAUGGCACGCGUGGCUGAAAUCGCUCAAACGCCACCGCACAAUGUGGGAACGUGCUUACGCCAACAGUCACGAGUGACGCUCAGCUCAGCUGCUAUCCAGUGUGCGCCGGGCUUUACAUAAAUUUCUCUUACAAACAUUCUUUUAAUUAAACAGUUUCGUUCUACCUAUGUCAAGCUUUUAUGCACUAUAUGGACAGAGUGCUGAGGCAUUCAAAUUCUAACAAUACGUUAUUUCAAUAGUUUGGGGGGUUUUUUAUUGGACACCCUGUAUAUAUAGCGAUACUUCUAUCGAUGACCGAAAAUUAAAUUUUUUAAUGCUCAUUAUAUAGUUUAGUCUAAUUAGAAUAAAGUGCCUUAUUAACAGUAACGAUCGUUUGCCAAAGCACACAGACCUUAUCAUUUCUUCAAAACAAGCUCUCAUUGUCAGACAUUCAUGAUUUUUGGGUUAAACAAAAUAUCUCGGAGGCGACGUCGUGCUUCUGUUUGCUCAUUAGUUAAGAUAAAGUUACACCUGGUUCCGGCGCUUCGAGCACUAUUUCCCAUCAUUAGCGCGAGGAAGUUUACAUUUUGAACAGAGGAAAAAAUAAAGUUUCAAUUCAUAAUCUAUAUGUUGAAUGUUUGCCAAGCACGCCUCUGUCUUGUUCUAUAUUAUUUAAUUAAUUUAUUACACAUUAUGCUCUUGACUAAUACACAGCAAGGCGGCAAGGCCGCGUUUCGAGCGUCUGUGACCGAUUGAUUUACACAGUAUACACUCAAGUCAUAGCAGGGCGCAUGGGACAGUUUUAGGGGACGAUGGCAUGGAGCAUAUUCAACACCGGGGUUGAACUCAGCCCUGUUGACCGGGUUGAAAUUUCAACCCUGUCUGUAAUACAACAGACUCUAUCAAAAUCAAACGCGCGAUAAUUACAUGACAAAAUUUUCAACCCAGGGCCGAGUUCAACCCCGGGGUUGACAUUUCAACCCUGCUUCAGCUAGCGUACACAUUAUGCUCUGACUAUACACAACGUUAAACAUAACAAAGAGACUACUUUGACGCGUUUCGAGCGGUGUAUGAUUGACUUACACAGUAUGUAUGUAUGUAUAACUUUAUUUAAUGACGCCAGCCCUGUCAACAGCAAUAGUUGAUUCCCACAAGCGGCAUCACUAGCACAUGAAAAAGAUAUUUACAAAGAAAGAAAAAUAUAAACAUAUAGCUAUUUACAAGAGAUUUCUAAAAGGAAAUUAAAUUAAAUUAAAUUGGUGUGACCCGGUCCUAUAUUUAGAUCUAUAAAUGAUUCUAUCUAAAAAUAAAAUUGUUUUACAAAGUUUUUGAAGAGUAAAUUGAUUGCGCUUUCCUUCCUUAGCUUCGCGCAGAAGAUUAUUCCAACGGUUUAGCACCACUGUACUUAAAGCUUUUUUUAAGAAAUUCGCGUCUCGGUUUACUGGAAGGGCCACAUCAGUGUGAGAAUUUCCAAGGUUAUAAUUAGUUUGUAGAGAAUUCCUCCUCAUCAAUAAUUCUUUCAAAUUUGGUGCACUACAAUCGUUCGGAAUUCUAUAUAAUAAUGUUGCCUUACUCAUACCUCGUCUGGAAUCUAAAUUUUCUCAUUCAAGAGCCCGAUGAACGUCAGCAGACCUGAUCUCAUAGCUAGCUAUUAUAUAACUGAAACUCAAGUUAUGAGCAGGUCGCGACCAUGGGACAGUUUUAGCCGGCAAAAGUUGAGUAGUGCAAAUCAGAACAUUUUUCCCAGAAAGUCAUGUUUUGCAGCAAUAACUUGUAAAUGAUAUUCUAUAAGACUAUAUAUAUAUAUACGCCUGUAUUCUAAAAGCUCACUCACAAUCACACUCAAUGAGUGGAGGUUCAAUCUGAGCUUUUCUUGAGUGUCAAUGCUGUUUUUGAAUAGCUGGAGGGCUAGUAGUCACAUAGAAAGGUACGACACUCACCCUCCAGCUAUUCAAAAUCAGCAUUGACACUCGAGAGAAGCUCAGAUUGAACUUCCACUCAUCGAGUGUGAGUGAGCUUUUAGAAUAUGGGCGAUAAUCUUUGUGUAGUUUUAAACAUAACUAAGUUUGUAGUCAAUUUUGAUGCGUUUGUAAAUAAUUUUGAUUGAAUUGCUGGUGCAAGUCCUGAUAUAAGUUAGCUUUUGCUUACAGCAUCAUUUUUUUUCACUACGGACUCAUGUCAAAUUCAAAUUGUAAUGACUUUAUUAGCAUGAUCUAUAAUUACAAGAUAUUGCUAAAGUACUGUAGUUCCAUCAAUAUAACUAUUAACGUUCAUAACUAACUAAUAAUAACAUAUUUUUUAACUUUAUAUUAUUUACAUAUUGGUGAUCACUAUGAGAAUAUUUAAGAUUACAAGAUAUAUUACUAUUUCAGGGUUUUAAUUUAAUAUGUAGUGUCUAUAUCGGUUAAGGAUUUAUUAUUUUUUUUUUUUUUAUACAAUUUGUUUUAUAGGUAUUAUUUGUAUUUCUGGCUUCAAAGUACUGAUUCCGUUUUUCAAAACUAACUGUAAUAUAUUUUGAAAAAACAUUCAGUACUUUCGGAUCAUUAGAUUUUAUUAAUAUAUUCACGAGGUUAUCUUUUUUUUGGUAGUCGAGUGUUUCGUUGCAUUGUCUUUGUAAUAUAUUGUUUGUGGUGUUUCUGUCUUCUCUGUAGUGGUUACAAGAUAGUGCAAAGUGAUAUUCAUCUUCAAUUUCGUUUGUAUCACAGAGAUUACAUAAGCGUUGUUCACGGGGGAUGUGAAAAGAGUCAGCCAACGCUCUGCCGAAAGUCGUGGGUUUUCUCCGGGUGCACCGGUUUCCUCCCACAGGGAAAGUUGACAGGGUGGGUUAGGAUAAACACAGUUAGCAAAGUAAGAUCUCAAUCGGUUAUAAAGAUAAAUAGUGUAGGCUAAGUACGUAACGCGAGCGUAUAAACUUGACGCAACCGCGGUCACCGAAAUUGCCCCAAAUGGGGAGUGAGCUUAAUAAUAAUGUAAUGUAAUUAUCCCCGGUAAUUGUAAAGAAAAAAAUAGUCUAGGCCAACUAAGGGCCUGUUCAUAUGGGCAAGAGUUAUCCCGGUUAGCGAGAAAACUUUUCGACAAGUUUACAAGCGAGAUCUCGCCUUGGUAUGAAAAUAAUAUGAAAAGUUACACUGCGGUCAUAUGAGACAAAAAGUUUUCCCGUGUACCGAGAUCUCGCUUGUUGACAGGCGAGAUCUCGGUGACCGGGAUAAUCACUGUUUUUCCCAUAUGAACACAACUUUCCCGCUUAGCGGGAUAACUUUCUGUCGUGUCAGCAACUUUUCAAUUCAAUUGAUGUUCAGUGCCACGUCACAGCCGAAAACUUUACCCGGUAAGCGGGAUAAAGUUUCUCCAUAUGAACAGAACAAAAGUAUUUGGCUAGUCGAAAAGUUUUCUCGUUAACCGGGAUAACUUUUGCCCAUAUGAACAGGCCCUAAGUAAUUAGGUAAGCUACUAAGAGUAAUACUUGAUUUAAAGCGCAUAAAUGAUCACAAUCAAAUUCAUCAACAUAAUACGAGAAACGCAUCAAAACUUUUUAAAUGUUAUAAGAGAACAAAUUAUGUAAAACACACUCUUUCAAAUAAAGGAGUUGAUGUGUGGAAGAAAUUAGAAACAAAUCUGAAAGCUUCAAGAAACUAAUUAAGCAACACUUUAUACUAAAUCCAGUUACAAAAUACAUAGAUUCAGAAAUCACACUUUCUUUAUGCAGACAAUGUCUGUCCAUGCAUUGUGAUUGUGCAAAAUAAUACCAUAUAAUAAUCUAACUAGUAUAUCUCUUUAUCUUAAUAUUGUAAACACUACAGUAUUUACCCUUCAUACCGGCCUCAAAUAUGUAUAAAUAUCUUGUAUAUACCUUAUAUAAAAUUUUUCUUCUGCAUUUAAUAUUAUCUUAAAAAUCACUGUAAAUAAUAAAAUCAUCUAAAUAGGACAUGACUAGUGGCCUAGAAACAAAAGCCUGCAAAGGUUUCUAGUAGGACUCUAGCCCAAAUAGUUACUUGUAAUGUAGAUGGGAAAAUAAAAUUAAAAAAAAAAAAUGAUGCUUGCGAUGUUACUCUGAGUGUAUAUCCACAUCGGGCAAGAUUGAAAAAUAUACCUGGCCACGGUGGGAAUCGAACCUACGACCCUUGGAAUACUAGCCCAAUAAUGCCCUGCUAAUGCUCAGUUGGCAGAGCAAUGGGCUAGUAUUCCAAGGGUCUUAGGUUAACGAGUCAAAGCGAUGGCUGAUUUGCAAGUUUUAAAUUGGACAUAACAUUUGUGUCUUCUAAUUUAGAUCCCAGUCCAGAGGUCUUAAGCGCACUUCCGGUUUACUUCAGAGUGAAGCCCACGUUACGCACGCCCAGCGGCAAACGAUGCCGGAAGUCACGAACUGUCUUUACGGAAAUGCAACUCAAAGUUUUGGAAAAGACGUUUUCCGAACAGCGCUACCUGGACACGACAAGCCGCGCGAAGCUCGCGCAAAGCCUGGCGCUGAAUGAGACGCAGAUUAAAACUUGGUUUCAAAAUCGAAGAAUGAAACAUAAAAAGGAGAGUAAGACUGGGAACGAGAACGAGGAGGGCUCGCAGGCGAGUUGUGCCGAGAAGGAGAAAUGAAUGUGGACAUGUUAUUGCGGGUUGUGAACUACCGUGCGAAACUGGAUCCCCAAGAUGCUGGGACAAAGUGGACAGAGCAGAUCGCACAACCAUCGGUGCUCUGAAGACAUAAAUAAACUCGAACGCGGUCUGCGCAAGCGCAGGUAACGAUAAUAGAGACCUUAAAGGUGGAGUUACACGAGCAACAAAAUUGCUGCAACUUGCAACAAAAUCUGAUUUCAACGCAUGUUAAUUGAAAAUGUUUACACAUAAAUUACAAAUCACGAGGCAACAUGUGUCGACAUUUCUACUUAACAUGCGUUGAAAUCAGAUUUUGUUGCAAGUUGCAGCAAUUUUGUUGCUCGUGUAACUCCACCUUAAGAUCAAGGACGGCAACAUGAUGACGACGGCUUGGAAUACAAUGAAAUUAAGAGGAGAUUUUUUUGUAUGUUACGUAACACGCGCUCAAAACUAAUGCGUAUAAUAUUCCACUUGAGGUUAUGACUAAAUUGAAAAUUUUUAUUUUUCGAACGUUUUUCAAUCGGCAAACAAACUUAAAAAGUAUGUUUAGUGUUUUAUCUGUAAAAUAAUGCUAAAAUGAAGAGAUUUUAGAUGAUACGCCAAAGAGAAAAUGAUGUCUGAAAUUCAGUAAGUUUUGCUUAUAUGGCUGUAAAUAUGGCGUCAAUUUUAAAGCAUCAUUGAUAUUUGUAUUUUAAUUGACAAUUUUUAACUAUUAUUUUAUGUUUCUCAACCGGCAGAUGCAUUUAAAAAGGUAGCUAACUCUAUAAACUAGAGAAUAAAGCUAAAACAAAGUAAUUUUGAGAGGAACGCCAAAAAUAUUUUAGGUUUUGAACACUUUUCAUUGCAAAUACGUGACAUUGAAAAAAAUUACCUCUUAUCAUAUUUAAGAAAAGAAAUUAAUAAUUAAAAUACCACGCGGGAGAUUUAGACGUCGCCCACGAUCUGUUUACAACGGGUAAACCAGAGCUUUUACGUCCUGUGUACAAUAUUUGCAUUUUAGUACGUAAGAAGUGGAUACUCUGCAAAUUGGUUCAGUACUAAUGUGGAAUUCUACUCAAUAAAAAGCCACUGUUUUGAUCUCUUCGGGCCGUUUUAAAUUCAUACGAUUGAUAAUAUACGAUAAGCUUUCUGCAAUCAUUUAUUUGAAUGGACUUGUUUUGACCGUCGUUUUGCCGUCCUACAUCUUGAAGGCGCAGUUCAGCCUUUUGAAUGAUGGUUUUGAAGGCGCAUUUCAGCCCUUUUAAUUGAAAAGACUAACUAGGUAAAUCAAUUAGGCAUAAUUCAAGAUCAGCAAACUCAAUGUUUUUAAUAUUUUAAAACAUUUUUAUUGUUAAAAACAUUGAGUUUACUGAUCUUGAAUUGUGCAUUAUUGAUUUUCCUAGUUAGUUUUUUCAAUUGAAAGAGCUGAAAUGCGCCUUAAAAACCAUCAUUCAAAAGGCUGAACUGUGCCUUGAAGGUCUCUAAUAACACCAGAAAGCUGUGGGAUCGAGAGGGAUAAAACUACAUGAAAAAUACAAGCAAAAUUUCUACAUUGAACUAUAAGUAAACUGGAAGGCUAAGUCAGGGGGGGGGGGGAUUGAAGCCAGUGCAUUUUAGUUUUUCUGAGUUAUGAGCAGAAAUACUCAACACUCAACGUUGUGCUGUAUAUGAAACUGAAGCUAUUGAAAAACGCUAUUUGGUGUAGAAAUUUCAAGACUUUUGCUAAAAGGGAAAUAUUUAAAAACUACAAAAAUAAUUGCCGAUAAUUUGCCAUUUUUGGCCCAAUGGCAGUUGUUUUUGUAUUUUUAAAAUAUGUUUCUUUUCGCCGAGGUCUUGAAAUUUCCACACCGAAUAGCAAUUUUCAAUAGCUUCAGUUUGAUAUAUAGCCCAACGUUUGGGAUCUGAAGUAUUUCUGCUCAUAACUCAGAAAAACUAUUUUGGCUUCAGCAAAUCAUAGGCCUUCAUCAAUGGUGGGCCCUCACUCGAAACGUCGACGUUUUGCUUGUAUUUUUAAGUCAGUUGAGUCCCUAUCAAUCCCACAGCUUUCUGGUACAUCUGCAUGAAGAUGUCUUCAACACUCGCAGAUAAAAACGAGUGUUCGUUGGAUGCAAGUAACUGGAAAAAAUUUAAAUUUCCAUUGAUGGGUUUUUGAAUGUUUUUUAAAGAUUUACCAUGUCUACUACCAAUGUCAAAACUGAACUCUUAGCAUUAUUGGUUACUAUAGAUUUUCCAAAUGGUAAAUUGGUAAAAAUCAUGUUUAAUAUUAAUGGGAAAUUCAAUUUUUUCCUGUGAUGCAAAUGAGUCGGUUCGAAGCAUCGCAGUGCAAGGAUGAAGAAAUAAAGAAAAACAUGUACAUAUAGUUUGUGUGAAAUAUUUAUGUGAAAAAAACAAAGAACAACAUAACAAAAGAAAUGUAUAUAGGAAUUAUGCCGAAUAAUCUCAGUGUGUUAUAGUGUGUUAUAUUUAACCAGUACACCAAAGUAUUGCGUGUAUAUUGUAAUUUAAGCAAUUAUUUGUGGCUACUUUUUUCCUCGCAGCAAGCGCUAUUAGAGUCAGGUCAAUAGAAAAGGUUAGGUAAUUCGAUGCAGACAUAACAGACUUCAU